UCCUGCUGCGAGACUGUAACUGUUGCUAUCUGUCCUUGCUAAAUUGAAGUCAGUGGAGGGCUGACGCAUUUGCCGUGGUGUUCAGACCCGAUUCAAGGAAAAUCACAGCAGCUUGAGUUUUACACCCUACGCUGAGUGUGGACGGCUUGGCUGUUGUUAGCCAGGGCCCACCUAGGGGGGCUGGGUUUGAGCUGCGUCGCCUAAGUGUGUCAGGAUUAUCGGUGCGUAUCUCCACUAACAUCUUUAAAAAAAAUACUCUCUACUACGAAAGCAAGUUGCUGCCGUCUGUUCCCUGCGACUUUGCUCUGCAAGCAGCAGUGGCUCUGUGGAAGCCGUGUCAGCGGGGCGGGGGCGGAGAGCAGGGACAGCCCCUCACCUGGGGGCCGCUGGCGGCUCCGCACCUGCCGACCCGCAUCGCUUCUAGAGCCGCGAACCUCCUCCCCCCCCUCGUUCCCCCUUCCCCCGCGGGAGGCUGCGGACACGGGUGAGGUUUCGGCCGCUGCGGGACUGGGCCUGCGGCCGUGCGGGGCAGAGCCGCCCCCGCGCAGCCCUACGCGCGUUCUCCCUGCGCGGCGGAGGGAGGGGGAAGGCCCUGCCGCCCUCCCCCGGGGGACAAGUACCGGGGGGCGGCCGGUGCCGGGGCGGGCUCAGGCGCCCCGUCCUGCGUUUCACGCUGCCUCGGGCAGGGGACGGGGCUGCCGGGGUGUCCCUGUCGCUGCUCCUCCACCUCGCAGAAAAGGCUUCCAACAGGAGAUGAGGAUGAAGCGGUUCAUGGCCAUGUUAAACAGGAACAAAAACAAGGAUCCCCCGCCAACCAAGCUGCUGGAGCUGGCGGGACAGCUUUGCCAGGACCUCCAGGGCUCUUCUAGUCUGGAGAAGCUUGUUGGGGCCGUGAUGGGAUGCAAACACAAGAUGUAUUUUCUCACUAACGUCCACAUUGUCCGAGCUUGCGUGUUCGUUCACAUCCAUAAUGGGCAGCACGACGCAGCCUGCAGACUCCUGGAGUGUUGCAAGGCAGAAGAGAAGGAGGAGCUGGUGCAACUUUGGCAUGAGAUUCACUACCGGAGGGUUAUGGAGAAACACCACACGGAUUUUCUGACACCACUGCAGAAAUUCCGUUGCAGGAAGAGGAAUCCUCCACCUAUUUCCCUUUGUCCUGAAGGUCUGAAGAAUCGAAACUAUUCAGAGGAAGUACGCCAGCAACUGCACAGGUUUGCUGCAGAGGUGACAACAAAUCCAAACAAGAAACAGCGGGAGGGAUUGGCUCGGGAUAUGAACCUGCAGCCAACUCAGGUCUAUAAUUGGUUUGCAAAUUAUCGACGACGACAAAAAUCCUGCCUCCCUCGUAAGGAAAAGCUCAACAACUUGUGUCCUGAGAGGGCUUUGACAUGCCACGCAAAGGAGCAGCAGGAUAAAGGAUCCUACACUCCACAAACUGCAGAUGGAUCUUGUGUAGGCACCGUCUCUGAGCAAAUGGAGAUAACCCUCAUGCCCUGUGACCCAGGGUGGGAGCAGUCAGCUGCAGAUCUGGAUAAGCCUCCUCAAGGAACAUAUUUAAAGAUGCUGGAAUCCAGCUUUACGCAGAGCAGUGCGCUGUAUGAAGCGAGGACAAGCAAGCCUUUCACCACUCACAACAUGGAACAACCCGUAGCUUUUUGCACUGAGGCUGUGCUGGAACCAGGAACCUGCUUCAACGCCGCUGUCCUGCAGCCCAGAGGAGCAGCAGGCAGUACUGAUGCCAGCUCCCAGCUGGAUAACUUUGUCCUGUGCUCUUGCGGGUGCUUUACCUUCCCAGAUGAACGGCUGCCCACGUGGCAGCCCCCUUGCAGCACCAGAGGAGUCUCUGGCUCCGUGUGGACCUCAAGCAUAGAAGUCUCCAGUCUUGUUUGACAUUCCUGCCAUCUCCCUGUUCUUCAGAACAGCCUUGAUAGGAUACGUAAGUGAUGUCCACCUGCUUCUGCUGUAGGUCUACGGAACAGAAAGUGCUGUGACUGCCAUUCACCCAGCCUCUGGGGAACGUGGAGCAAGGAGCGGAGGAAUAGCUGGGUCAGAGGUUGGGGUCAUGUUAUCUGUAAUUGUCUUUAAUACAAGCAUUUAUUUCAGCAGGUAUCAGAGCUCCCUUGAGCAGAGUCCCUCAAGGUGGCUGUGUUGAGGCCAGUUCAGGAAGACUCAUUCAGCAGUCAGAUUUAGAGGUUGAAAGCUUCAUCCUUAGAGAAGGACAGCUAGGGACCCUGGAAUCUAUCCUUCCCCACAGGUAAAGGGAGCAGAAAGCACAGGGCUUCUUAAAGGCAGGGGUAACAAUGAUGCUGUGGGUCUAGCCUUGUCCUGAUCCCCCUGUUGAAAGGGGUUGCAGAAAGAAUGUGGUGAUGCAUCUCGUUCCAGGGGCCUUGACUCUCUCCUUGCGUCCAUCAUAUUUUGCAGAUGUUUUCAUCUGUGCACUGGCAAUGGGAAAUGCUGUAUAAGUGUAUAUGUGUUUUACAGUUAGUGUAGCACAAAGGAGAUCCAGGACCAGCCUCAUCAGGAAAGAUAUGAACCCCUCUUGUUAAAGCAGGUUUAGCUUCUAAGCUGUUUGCCUGUUUUUUCUUUUUGGCAGAAAAUCAUAACCUAUACCGAUGCAGUGAGGGCUGGUUCCGUGGGCUGCGUUGGUAGGGCCCAUGCUUAAUCCUAAAAUAGUUUUUGUAGCUUCAUAACCUCAUGACAAGAUUAUUCCAUAGUGCAAGCUUUCCAAAUUGGAAGACAGAAAGACAGGCACUGUUCUGUCUUUCUGUUUUCCACCUGUAACAAAUGUUUCAGACUGCAGGUUUUCUCUGGGACUUGAGAUAAAUUCACAGAACGCAAAACAACAAAAAUCUGUGCCAUCUUCCGUAUGUUAUACAACUUCCAUAAUGUUACAUAAAAAUGAACACUGCCAAACAGACAUGAUGAGGUUCCUUUAAUUUAUUGAUCUGCAAGACAGAACAGGAGCCGUACCCCCAUUUCAUAACCCUUCUGCUUGACACUGUCCAGCAUUUGUGGAGGCAUGACCCUGUCAAUAACGUGUCAAAGAGGUGGGUAGAAGCUGUUUUAUUCCCGCUUCAUAGAAGAGGAAGCAGAGGCACAGAGAGGCUUUGUGGCUUGUCAAACAACAAGGGAAGGCAGUGAUUCACUGGAGAUAAAGAUAGGUGGUUUUUUUGCCACCCGGUUCCCUACUAAAAACACUUCUGCCUUUUACCCCUGUUUUCCAGUUGGCUUGGUGCCUGCAGUUCAUAUUCAUGUCAGACUCCUCGCUCUGAAUUGCUGGGGGGAGCCCAGGUCUGGGACUUGUAAACCCCCCUCAGUCUGUGUGUUGGGAUUCGCAGCUUUAAACAGUGGCUGAAGAUCAUGAAAGAUCAGUGAGGCUGGCAAUAUUUUGGCUGGAUUUAAAAUUGCAUGUUCUGCCUCCAGAAUGAGCUCAUGUUUAUUUUUAAAAUAUGUUCCACCAGUAGAAGAAAUCUAUGGUGAAUGUCUCCUUGUUGGGUAUGUCUGCUGUGCCAGGAAUCCACGCACCCUUUAUCAUAUUCCUGGCAGGGACAGGACUUGAGGCUUCGUUGACACCUUCUGGUGAGGAUAUAGUUAUUUGAACCCUGUUUAGUGGCCUGGUCCAGCUGCCCCCAAAACCUUGAACUCCCCAAAGUGCCAUGAAUGCUAUGGAACAGCAGUCUCUUUAGAAAUGAGCGAUGCUUAGGCUGCCGUUUCAUCUUGGCCUGUUUGCAGUUUCUCUCUAGGGAGCCAGGAGACCUUGCGUGGAUAGUCUUGGUCACUGCUCAGUGAACGGCAGUGAAUGAGGAUCACCUUUGUUAUCGGGCAGAGCCCUCUAACAGAGUUACUGGAUUAGAGAGAAGUAUUGUGUCACCAGGGUCAUAUUUAGCGAUAAUGUUGCAAUGGGCAUCACUCAUCCGAGGACUCAUGAAGGAGUCAACAGCUUAAGCUGUGAGGCAAGUGAGUGUUGCUAUCCUGGAAAGACAGGGCAGCGAAGUUAUCCCUGCUUUACAGAUAAGAGUAGAGCACGGAGAAGGAAAUUGUUUAUCCAAGGUCACCCACCUGGAGCGGACUCAGUGUUAUGCUCUCACUGCCUUGCCAGCACCUGUAAGUGCAGGAGUAGAGCUACAAGUCAGCCAAAGGACCCUUAAUCUGCUUGUCUCAUUUUUAAAGGUGCUCACCUAGAAAGGACUUGGCCUGAAAGCUUAUUAGAACAAUUCCUGUUGAUUUCUUUCAUGGGCUUUUUACAGUCAGUCCUACGCACCUGGGCUGUAUCCAAACCUCUGAUGAUCUACAGGGCUGUGAGGUGGGAGUGUGAGGGGGAGCCAGGCUGGGAGCUGACUGUCUCCAUCUGCUCCUGCUGCCUGACAGGAGAGUUUGAUCCAGCUAGCGAACGGGAAGUCCCUGCGGGACACCAACCAGAUGCUCGCCUUUACAGAUAGUGGUGUCAUAUCCUCUUCACUCCUUGAGCUGGGACAGGUGGAAGGUAGCCCAGCUAAUGGUUCAUGCACAAUAUAACUCUCUUGUGCCUCACAUUUCAAACAGAAAAGCACGCUGAACUCUCUGGAGCAAGACAGACUGCAUUUAUGAGCCAGCAUAUUGAUUUAGAAAACAUCAAUGCUGAGAUGUUCGUUGCAGCUUACCGCUUCUGCCUGCAUUUUUAGGAUUCCAGCUCAGAGUGCUAGGAAUCAUCCUGCUUCCAGGCUUUCCCCUCUGGAUAACCCAGCACCCUGACACUGUCAGGCAGCAAGUCCAAAACGUGCUAAAGGAGGCCACCGUUUGGCGUGUUGUCUAAUUAAAUCCCAGAAUUUGUUGCGAAGGGCAUUGUCCAUGUGGUGUAAGUGGGCUAUGAAAAAGCAUGAGACACAUCCGUGGGGGAGCAGGGGGUCGAGUCUAUUCGUCAUUAGUGCAUGUAAUUGCCUGGAUGCAGCCUCCAGCAGAGGAGCUUCAAGACUGAUUGCUGGAACCUGGGGGCAUUCCAAGGAAGGGCAACUAGACACUUGUCCUGUUUCUACUUUCUUCCUACGCUCUAUUAGUUGGCACCUUUGGUCUGGGCCUGUGUGGCCAUUCAUACCACGGGAGUGGUAUGGGCAGUGGUGUUGGAGUAUAGAUACUUUUGAGUUGGUGAGGAAGGGAGAGAACAUCCCAUCGUCAAGUACCCAGUGUCUCCUCCCUGACCCAGUGCCUGCAGACUGUGACCUCUUUCUAGAGGUUGGCGGAGCCCCCGAGGGAGGUGUGGAUGGGGAGCCAUGGCCCCAGACGCUCUACUGGCGGCCUUGAAAAGCUGUAGCAGAAUCUUAGCCAAUGUUGUGGCUAUGUCUAAAGCCACACGUUUGUAUGUUUUGACUCUUAAGAUCUGUUUUGUUUUUUUUUAAAUAUGUUCCAGGAAAGACACAUUUUGGUAGACAUCUCUUUCUUUCUGGCAAAUGUUCUUGGGGCAUAAAGGAAAGCUGCAAAUCGAGAUGUCAUUCCUGUAUACUGCUCCUGGUCAGGCUAGUCCCCCCAGGGCAGAAUCUGUAUUUUCAGGCCAUAACAAUUUGGAGAAAUGGGGCAGGUUUGUAGACAACUCAACAGAACUCUAUUGAAUUAAUAGUCCUGCCAGCAGCCCCUCUUGACCUGCUGCAAAACAUUACAGUAAGUGGUGAGUAGAGCAUAAAUACAAAUGCAUUUGUGUAUCGUAUUUUCUCCAGUUCCUGUCAGAGUGUGUUUGGCAAGCCUCAGUGCCCACCUGUUCCUGCACCCUGCAUGGAAGAAAGCCAGGCCUUGGGACAAAGCCAGGUAAGAGAACGCACCUGAUGUUCAGAGACAGGAGCUUAGCGCUGCACACGCUGUCCAGCUGUGGCUCUCACACAAGAGGUGUGAAUUCUCACAUCGUAUCUAGUGUGGAACAUAUCUGAUCGAAGCAUACCUUUGGAAUCUGGUUCAGAGCAAGCUGGGCAUUCCCUGGGUGGCAUCCAGCAGAUGCUAGGAGGAGAGGUGGUUUUGUUGUUUUUUCCACUUGGACUGCUUAUCAGACCCUGAUUUUACUAAAUGUGUCAUUGAAAUGAUGUCCACAGCAACCUGUGCAGGUCCACAGUGUCAUUUACAUUUUGAGCAACGGAGGGCUCCCCUGGCCCUGUGGAAAGCAGCUGGCAGAAGAUGGCUGCUCCAGCAUCCUCUCUUCUGAGGGGUUCUGCGGAAUUUGACUGCUCUCUCAGACCUCUUAAAAUCUUUCAUUUCCAAGUCUGUGUUAUUGCUGAGGGAAAGGGAUUUUGCGCUGUUCCGAGAUGGCUGAUAGCAGUGUAUGGUAAAUAGGAAACGAUAAAAGAAGUUACUUCUGUGAUCUGGAUGCAGUCUGCAUGCCUUCUUAUGGUGAUUUUAAGGCAGUGGAAAAUAUAUGUUAGAAAUCUGGUGCUUUCAAGGGGAUGGGAACACUUCUGUGAAUUAAAUGUUACUUAAAAAUAGGACCCAAGAAAGCCCUAUCUAAACUGUACCUUGAGCUAUUUCUUGGCUUCAUGCGUGUUGGUCUGCCAAUCAGUUAGCAUCCAUUUCUGUUUCUCUUGCAGCGUAAGCUGAUGGAGAAAAGCUUUUUAAAAGAGAUUUUGAAAAGCAGGAGACCGUAUCUGCUGGCCUCGUUAUAGGAAGUGGCUGCAACUCUGAGGGCAGUAACAGAACCUCUUUUGAGCCUUUGAAAGCAUCAAUAUAAAGAUCUGUAUCUUGGAAAGUGGCCUUUUUACCAGCUAUAAUGUGAGCCAGACGAGUAGGAAAGCUUUGGGCAUUAAUAAUGAAUGAGCCUUUUAUAAGAUUUCCAGAGCAUGCAGUCUGUAGCUGGAGUUUUCAUCCUGCUAUUUUGCAUUCUUGCACUGAUUUUGCAAUGGUGUAGAAACAUGACGCUCGGUGCAAAUGUGGGCUGGGGAGCAGGGUGCUGUGUGAUGCCUGCAGAUGUCAAAAGGGGACAUCUUCAGAUCUUUGUAACAAUUACUCAGUUCUGGAACUGAGAAAAGCAAUUUUUGCGUAUUUUAAUGUGUGCUGUAGGAAAAGGAAGAGCUUGAAUGGGUAAAUGAUUUUAUAGUGUUCUACAGACUUCCUGGGCACUCUGUUUCUUGCUGAAUCAACUUGCCCUGGGCUUGUUGCAGGAAUAUGCAGAUGUUUGGUUCCCAUGUCUGAACCACAGGGGUGCAGAAAUACAUCUCCUUUUGUCCACACAUCACUUCCAAUUUGCUUUUCAUAGAUCAUGCAUCCUAUCAGAGCCAAAAUGAGAGUAAAACAAAACAAGCAAGCAAACAAAAAAAGUUAAUUUUUGAGAUAUUUCUUUCCCUCCUGGAACAGAGCUUCCUUGUUCAGGUGAUCACUCCCUUCUUAAUUAUUUCGGCCUGGUCUUACCUUCUGUCAUUUACUUGCUUUUAUAGGAGCCAGUGCCUUGGGCAAAGGGAAGGGAAUCGCUCUUCUCUGAAUUACAAAGAGUUGAAUCGUGCACUGAUUGUGCUUGUCAUUCUUACACCCACGUGCUGUACAGAUGGACUACUGUACCUGAGCUUAGAGGGGAACAAGGACUCUGUCCCUUUGUGCCCACAGCCCUCACCGUUGGCAUUCCCUCCCACUGUAGGGCCUUGUGCUCCUCUGUGUCUGCCCAAAAGAGCUCUUCCACCGCGAGCAGCCGCAUCAGUACAGAUGGGAUGUGGUGAAACUGAUUCCUUCCCAUGUCUUUCAGGUUCCGGAGGAUCCGGUUGGUGACCCAGUAACCAAUGACACGUUCUGGGCAGCAUGGCUGCUCUUUGAAUUCUCCGCUGGGGGACGGAUGUGACCUGCCUGCAGAGAUGCUCCGUGUGGUCUGCACUUCCCCAGGAAACACCACAUCCUUUCCUGGUUUUUUUUUUUUUUUUUCAGAUGAAUGAGGUGUUUAACAUGAAGAUGAAUAGUGAGGUAGAAGGAUGAAGACUCUUUCUAAUAGUUACAAAGUUUGUUUUAGUUACAGUUCUAUUAAGGAUUUUGCAAAGGAUAGAAGAAAUCAAAGGUGCAUUGUGAAUUGUAGGCUUUUACUGGAACAGUCUGAAGCUUCACUGUUAGAUGCUAAAAAUAUCGAGUCACUAGUUCUGUGGCAGUUAUGUAUUUCUACCCAUAGCACCGGUCAGGUCCGAGUCCUUCAUUACAUCAUGAAGGUAAAUGAAGCUCCUUUACUCAAAAAGAGUAAAAUUUAGUUACAUUGCUUAGCAGUGGAUAUUGGAUAACUUUUUCUCAGGCCUGGAAAAGAAGGUCUCAGCUAAGUGCUGGUAAAAUACUGCUAUUUCUUAUCCCUGCAUUUUUGUUGUACUGCUAGGUGUAACUUCUGGAGCGUUCCAUGCUCUGCACUGCCACUGAUGACAAACUGCAGCACGGCAGAAGUUUCAGUGCUCAAGUCAAAGGAGCAGGAGCCAUUGUGUGAGAGCGUAUGGACGCCAGCCAGACCCUUGAUGCAGGUUUAAAACUAACGCUGCAGGUCGUUGGGCAGUCUUUUGGGUAUUUUCCCUAAAUAUUACUGCUAUUUUUUAAAAAUCUGUAUUAAAAAAGGGGUAAUACUUGCCAAAACUCCAGCCCCUGGAUACAUGAAGUAGAUGCCUCCAGUACCUUUUGUAAUGAAGUUAGCAAAUAAAGGUUAUGAAUGACUCUUUCUCCAGGGUUUGUUUUUCAAGGUAAGGCUGUG